AUGGUGGGCCAGGGCAAAGUCGUGGUGCCGACAGGAAGCCACUGGAGAACUAGAACCACAAGGAGGAUCAAGAUAAAUUUUAGUCGACGUAGUGGUGUUGCUUUAGCUGUGUGUGUACGGAGGAAACAAAGACGAGAGCAGCAAACCAGCGAGUUUAGAAGAGCCCAGACUAAUUCCACGAGACCGUACACUGUCCUAAGAAGAGACAAGACCUAGGCUUCACACAAUAGACAUUCCAAAUUAAGAAGAUUCCAAGAAGUGUUUGUUAUUGAUAUACUUUGUGUGUGCAAUGCAGUUCAGUCAACAGAAUUGUCGCAGGUAUAUUUAUUAUUGAACAGUUUCCAUAAAAAUGUUAGUAAAUAUUGUGUAAAAGAUGAAUUUUCGUCACUCAUGUCCAACAGUUUUUCAUGUAACAAUCCUCUUC